AUGUUAAUAGAAAUUAUCACGUUAGUUGUUAUCCUGCCUAUGAUGUUUUUGGGGGUGUUGUUAUUCGGCACGUUCGUUAUAAUACCGUGCGCGUUUAUCUUCGCAUCCUGGUAUAUGAGGAUUAAGGAAAGGAAGCUACAGAGAAGAACGAGGGAUGGAGCUAACGUCGCGUUCUUCCAUCCUUAUUGUAAUGGGGGCGGAGGAGGCGAAAGGGUCCUUUGGGUGGCUAUAAAGGCGUUGUUAGCAAAGUAUCCAGAUACAAACAUCUAUAUAUACACCGUUGAAACAGCAGAACCAACAACAAUUUUAAACAAAGUCCAAAAUCAGUUUAAUGUAAAGGUUGAACCGGAACAAAUUAAUUUCAUUCGUCUAAGUAUGGGGAAAGCAAUAGAAGCAAAAACCUACCCAUACUUUACAUUACUGUUACAGAGUCUUGGCACUAUGGUGCUCGGUAUGGAAGCAUUUAUGAAAUUUAAUCCAGAUAUAUAUAUAGAUACAAUGGGCUGUGCGUUCACAUAUCCUAUAUACCGUUACUUGGCCCAAUGUCCCGUUGGUUGCUACACACACUAUCCAACAAUAACAUCGGCAAUGAUGAGAAGGGUCAAACAUCGUCUAAUAACUUACAAUAAUAGCAGUGUCAUCGCAAGAAAUCCCAUACUUACAUGGUGUAAGCUUCUGUAUUAUAAGAUUUUCGGUUGGUUGUAUGGCGUGGUGGGUCGUCAAGCAGAUGUAGUUAUGGUGAAUGGUUCCUGGACCGAGGAACAUAUUAAUGAACUGUGGGACUGUUCUCUUAACACUCAUAGAGUGUACCCGCCUUGUGAGGUUAAUGAGUUAAAGAAGCUUCGUUCGUUGGUCAAAGAGUCGGAUCCAAUCAGAAUACUAUCGGUGGCUCAGUUCCGACCAGAGAAGGAUCACCCGCUGAUGCUGCAAGCUAUGUACGAGUUAAGAAACCUACUCAUUAAGAACGAGGUCUUGUGGAAUAAGAUACGGCUAGUAUUGGUGGGGUCAUGUCGUAAUGCUGAAGACGAGGAGCGUGUACGGAACUUGAAGGACCUCGCGAAACAUCUCGCGAUAGACGAGAACGUUCAGUUCAUAGUAAACGCUCCAUACAGCACGUUACUCAACCUGUACCAAAACAGCACACUUGCUAUACAUGCGAUGUGGAACGAACACUUUGGAAUCAGUGUCGUGGAAUGUAUGGCAGCAGGUCUGAUAACAGUGGCUCACAAGUCCGGGGGGCCUCUAGCUGAUAUAGUUGAGACUUCCCAGGCCUCACGGACUGGUUUCCUAGCAUCUGAAGCAGAUGAGUACGCUAGAGCUAUAUUAGAAGUGAUUGCUAUGUCCAAUGAAGAGAAAAAAAGAAUAAUUGAAGCUGCCAGGGCCUCAGUAGAUCGCUUCUCAGAGAAGGAGUUUGAAAAAUCAUUUCUAAGAGCGGUCGAACCUCUUAUGAGGUUGGAUUGA